AUGCGGUGCGACUACUACUGUUACUGGACCGGCCACGAAGCGCUCGCCUCGACCGCCGCGCCGUCGCGAGACCCGUCAGCAUCCGCUAACGCCGAGGGCUCGCACUCUCGCGUGGGGAAUGCGGUCGCCGGCUGCGGCGGAAGCAGAUCCCGCCGACGAGUCCGCUCCUCCGCCACUCCGCUUGACAUCCUCCCCCGUCUCCGCCGCCUCCCCCGCCUGUUCCGCCUUCCCCGCUUCCCCCAAGCUGCUCGUUUUGCCAGAUUCCGCCUUCUUCCCUUCAACACGCAUCCCCGAAGCGCGUUUUACCUCUCCCUGGACAACACUCCCUCGUGUCCGCCCCUCGUCGAGCCGCGGCUGCCCCGAGCACGCACGUGUGACGUUGCCGCGGAUAGCGGCGGAAGAGCGCCCGCCGUCUCCGCGGGCGCGUCCACCAUCCGCGGAACAUUAUCCGCUUCGGGCUACUCCCCCGCCGCCGUUUCCCCCGCCGCCGUUGACCACGUUGACCAAGUCAACGACCACGUGUCGACAUGCGAAUGGGCUGACGCUGCCGGCAUGGACACGUUGGACAUCCCGCAAUGGCGGUACCGCUCCGCUUCUGCUCUCCCCACCACUCCGCCUCCCACCCCAUCCGCGUCUAUAGCUUCGCUGACGGUCCAGAUCUGCGACGACGCGAGCGCCAACGGCGGAGAUUCGUCGUUUUUCGAGGAGCUGCUGCGGGAGUUCGGCGCGGGUGAGGGGGAAGAAGCGGGCGGGCAAAUGGAGGAAGAACCGGGAUGGGCGGAAGAACUGCGCAUUCCGGCGGAAGAAAUAGCUCAGUCUGAGAAGGUUGCGCCGGUUGUUCCGGAGUUAGACGAUAAGUGGGGUGAUUAUUCGGUGAAAACGGGGAUAGCUGACGGCAGGGAGGGUUUAAUGAUUGACGCGGAGUGCGUUUUUGAGCGGAUUCAAGAAAUGGGGGACGAGAGUGCGGAGAUGGGGGACAACGCCAGGGAAGUCGCGGACGACGGGGCGGGGAUGGGGGACGAAGGGACGGGGAUGGCGGAGGAUGGAGUGGAGAUGGCGGGUGAGGGCGCGGGAAGUCGCGGACGACGGGGCGGGGAUGGGGGACGAAGGGACGGGGAUGGCGGAGGAUGGAGUGGAGAUGGCGGGUGA